UCCUGCGCCGGGGCGUGCGUCGGCCUGACGUCAUCGCGGAGCGCCGCUCGCGGAGCGCCCGGGGACCGGCCGGCCGGGAAGAUGCCCGUGGCCGUGAUGGCGGAAGGCGCCUUCAGCUUCCGGAAGCUGCUGGACCAGUGCGAGAGCCAGGAGCUGGAGGCCCCUGGCGGCGUGGCGACGCCCCCGCUGUACGCGCAGCUGCUGGCCCUGUACCUGCUGCACAAGGACACGAACAACGCCAGGUACCUGUGGAAGCGGAUCCCGCCCGCCAUCAAGUCCGCCAACUCGGAGCUGGGCGCCAUCUGGUCCGUGGGGCAGCGCAUCUGGCAGAGGGACUUCCCCGGCGUCUACAGCACCAUCGGCGCCCACCAGUGGUCGGAGACAGUGCAGCCCAUCAUGGACGCACUGAGAGACGCCACCCGCAGGCGCGCCCUGGCCCUGGUCUCCCAGGCCUACACCUCCAUCCUGGCCGACGACUUCGCCGCCUUCGUGGGGCUGCCCGUGGAGGACGCCGUCAAAGGGGUUCUAGAGCAAGGAUGGCGGGCCGACUCCACCACCAGGAUGGUGGUGCCCAAGAAGCCAGUCGCAGGAGCCCUGGAGGCAGCCAUGAGCAGGUUCACCCCCCUGGCGGAACCCGGCCCGCUCCCCGCCAUCCCCAACGAGCAGCAGCUGGCCAGGCUGACCGACUACGUGGCCUUCCUGGAGAACUGACCGCCGCCAGACGCCAGGACGGACACGCAGACAGACCCGUGUCCCCGCCCGUCCCGUCCGCCCUCCCGGGCACCCGGCGGCCCCUCUGUCCUGGGUCCAGGCUCGCCGGUCCUCCUGUGUCUGUCAAUAAAUAUUUAAUUCUC